AUGUCCUCAACCAUCACCCCGAUCGACUCCUCCACCACAGACACAGAGGACGGCCCCCUCUUCCCAGCCUCCCUAAUCUCCCCCGAGAUAAUCUCCAUCUUACCAACAGACUACACAAUCCGACCCCUUCGCCGCUCAGACUUCAACCGCGGCUACCUAGACGUCCUCCGAGUCCUGACAACCGUCGGCGAAAUCAGCGAGGAACAAUGGAAUGCCCGAUUCGACUGGAUCGCCUCCCGCAACGACGAGUAUUACAUGCUGGUCGUCUGUGACGGUGACGACCGUAUCGUUGGAACUGGAAGUUUGAUCGUUGAGCGCAAGUUCAUUCAUUCGCUCGGUCUUGUGGGUCAUAUUGAGGAUAUUGCUGUUGAGCAGGGUCAGCAGGGGAAGAAAUUGGGAUUGCGGAUUAUUCAGGCUUUGGAUUAUGUUGCUGCUCAGGUUGGAUGUUAUAAGAGCAUUCUUGACUGCUCUGAGGUUAAUGAGGGCUUUUACAUCAAGUGCGGUUUCAAGCGUGCUGGUCUGGAGAUGGCUCACUACUACUGA